GCAACGCUCGCGGUGUUCUGUUGAAAUUCCUUUGCCGAACAUUAGCUAGCUAAAAUAACUGGAACUAAAGCUAUAGCUACUGAAGUGUGGACAACGACAAAUACGACCCAAAUGUGGAUUUAAUUGCAGAAAAAUGUCAAAAAUCUGGAAUGGGAUUACUCAAGGAUUGCAUUGAUGUGUACUGCAUUUACCUCCGAUUUAGCUGUGGCUACCUCUCAAGCUAGCCAAAUCGGAACAAUCGGUGGAUAGCUUGCUAACUAACGUUAAACGUAACUAGAUAGCUAAUUCUUUAACGUCAGGACAAGGACGGAGCACGUUUCAUUGCUAAAAAUACGCAAAACGAAUGUUGUUACUGUCAUGAGUCCAGCCGGGUGCCCCCAUGUGAACGGGUUCAAAGUGGAUAACUGGAAACAGAAUCUACGGGUCAUUUACCAAUGCUUUGUGUGGAGUGGGUCUGCCGAAACCAGGAAACGCAAGGCCAAGUCGUGUGUCUGUCACAUGUGCGGCGCCCACCUGAACCGGCUCCACUCCUGCCUGUCCUGUGUCUUCUUUGGCUGCUUCACCAAGAAACACAUCCACGAGCACGCCAAAAACAAACGACACAACCUAGCUAUAGAUCUAUUGUAUGGAGGGAUAUACUGCUUUGUGUGCCAAGACUACAUAUACGACAAAGAUAUGGAACAGAUUGCCAAAGAGGAACAAAGGAAAGCGUGGAAAUUGCAAGGUGUAGGGGAGAAGUAUUCGACGUGGGAGCCCACCAAGCGAGAGCUGGAGCUGCUGCGGCACAAUCCAAAGCGUCGGAAAAUGACGACAAACUGCACCAUCGGUCUUCGAGGUCUGAUCAAUCUGGGCAACACGUGUUUUAUGAACUGUAUCGUCCAGGCCCUCACCCACACACCCCUGCUGCGGGACUUCUUCCUGUCCGACAGACACAAGUGUGAAAUGCAGUCCAACUCCUGUCUGGUGUGUGAGAUGUCCCAGCUCUUUCAAGAGUUCUACUCGGGCCACCGUUCGCCCCACAUUCCCUUCCGACUGCUGCACCUGGUGUGGACUCACGCGCGCCACCUAGCAGGCUACGAGCAGCAGGAUGCCCACGAGUUCCUCAUCGCUGCCCUGGACGUGUUGCACCGCCACUGCAAAGGAGAUGAUAACGGGAAGAAGGCCAACAACCCCAAUAACUGCAACUGCAUCAUCGACCAAAUCUUCACUGGGGGCCUGCAGUCUGACGUCACCUGUCAAGUCUGCCAUGGUGUUUCCACGACGAUAGACCCAUUCUGGGACAUCAGUCUGGACCUGCCGGGGUCGUCCACGCCCUUCUGGCCCCUCAGCCCCGGGGGGGACGGCAGCACACUCAACGGAGAGAGCCACCUCUCAGGGGCCACCACACUCACAGACUGUCUACGCAGGUUUACCCGACCAGAGCACUUAGGGAGCGGCGCCAAGAUCAAGUGUAGCGGUUGCCAUAGUUACCAGGAGUCCACCAAACAGCUGACCAUGAAGAAGCUCCCCAUUGUGGCGUGUUUCCACCUCAAACGGUUUGAACACUCUGCGAAGUUGCGGAGGAAGAUCAUUACGUACGUCUCGUUCCCCUUGGAGCUGGAUAUGACUCCCUUCAUGGCCUCCAGUAAAGAGAACAGGAUGAACGGACAGUACCAGCAGUCAGUAGACGUUUUCAACGACAAUAAGUAUUCUCUGUUUGCGGUGGUCAACCACCAGGGUACUCUGGAGAGUGGUCACUACACCACGUUCAUCCGGCAGCACAAGGACCAGUGGUUCAAGUGUGACGAUGCCGUCAUCACCAAGGCCAGCAUCAAGGACGUGCUGGACAGUGAAGGGUACCUUUUGUUCUACCAUAAACAGUUUCUGGAGUACGAAUAGCCUCCUUCCUUCAGCACUGAUGUCAUCAGCCCCCAAGAGUUGUGCAACAAAAGAUGGCAACGUAACACAAGCCUACCUGAAACUCUACAUCAGUGAAGAUUGAAGCUGUGGGAAUGGAGGCAAAGGAAAAUGAACCACGCAUCUUUUCUAACUAAAGGACACUCCAAAACCAAUCUGCAUGGAAGCUACUACGUAGGAUCUACUUAAUAGGACUGAAAGGAGGAAGAGGAGGGGGGGGGGGAGAGUGGAGCCUUUGUUGGAAGAUGAGGUGCUUCGCUCUCUCCUCUUCUAUUGUUUUGGGCAGAUGGAGGAACAGGCCGACAGUGGCCACAUCUGAUAAAAACGGUCAACUUCACAUUGUCAUUUUAGAAUUUUUCUGAAAUCCAUAAUUCCACCCCCGAACUCACACCCAUCUCCAAGUGACCAAACAUUUGAAAGGAGGGAAGACAUUUGGUUGUGUAAUUUCUUUAUAUGCAUUAUUAUUGCCCUGAAUGCAAAACAAGCUGACAAAUUAUAUUAAGAACAUUUCAAAGACAAGAAGAUAUGACUAUAAUCAUUGUUUGAACUUUUUAGUUUGUAAAAUACUGUAUGAUUAAUCUUGCGCACAUUUUUUUUUACUGAGGAAAAGAUGGAGGUAGAAAAAGGGAGGUUGUUGUUCUGUGAAAAGUCUACCCCCCCCUCUUUUUUCUUCUUCUUUGAGGGCAGGGAAUAUAUAGAAGUAUAUUUUUACAAGUCAUUUGAAUCCUUAUUCACGGUUUCCCAUGUUCCCCCCUCCCUCGAACCCCUGUCCUUGUUAUGUUGUGCAGUCAAUCAUGUAUUUUUCAAAAAUAGAAAAAAUGUAUGCUUCUUAUGAGACUGCUGUUGUGGAGCCUUUUUCACGUUUGUUGGUUGGUUUGUUUGUUUCUUGUGAUGAUGGGAUAAUGAUUGUGUUGCUGACAUGGUUGUGAAGAUGUUUCAGGUGAUGCGUUGUUGUGAAUAAGAAAAAGACGAGCACUCUUCUGACAUGGUGUGUAUCCUGCCGGCGGCCGCGGCUUGAUCCAACAGUGUUAAACUUUGGCCACAUGUUGCUCUAAUUGUGUGUGCGUACGCACAUGUGUUGUGCCCAUGUUUGUGUACUGAAUCAGUACUUUUUUUCACAUGUUAAUUAUGUAUGUUCAAGUAUGUAUGUACAGUACGUAUGUUAAAAAAAAAAAAAAAGUAUAAACUGAGUUCCUUUAUCCAUGUUGCUGGAAAUAGCCAAGCGUCGUCAUGCUAGUCAAAUACAUCCCCAACACUUUAUCUGCUGCAAGAACUGGACACAAUGAUGGUGAGAUACACAUAAUAAAAAUCUAUAUCUAUA